AUGAGGCAGUUCUGGGCCCAAGCCCUUUUUUACCUGUCCGGCACAUCUCAGGCCGCCGAUAAUACUGAUGGCCUUGUCGGAAUCCCGACAGUGCCGUUCUCCAAGUCUUCUUCUGGAGGAUACUUUGAGUUACACAAUGUCGGAGCAAUUGUCGUUGACUCUAGCUUUGCAAAUGUGACGGACACGCGUGGUACGACGUUGAUCCCGCCGACAUUAUACGAUUUUGCAACCACGUUUGCAGAUGAUUUGAAUAGCUAUCUCCAGGGAGAAAAAGAGGAGAGAAACAAUAUCGGAAUUGAAGUCGGCUCACAAGCGAAAAAUUCGCAAAAUAUUCAUCUUACCAUUGGCAAUUCCAGUGAUUUUCUCGAUGUAGCGGGCCGAGAAACGUCAGAGGGAUACAGUCUAUCCGUGACCCCAUCUGCAAUUACCAUCACUGGCGCAAGUCCUCUCGGUGUGUGGUGGGGGACUCGUUCUGUGCUGCAGCAAGCAGCGCUGAACAAUGGCAAACUCGUCGUGGGAUCUGGCACUGACUCUCCUGGCUGGGGAAUCCGAGGGGCUAUGCUCGAUGCCGGGCGACACUAUUACCCACCUUCGUUUCUGGUGGAGAUGUGCGCGUACUUGUCGUUCUAUAAGCAGAAUACGUUCCAUGUCCAUCUCAGUGAUAAUCUGAUCAACAAUGUCGAUCUUUAUUCUCGAGAGACGCAGCUCGAUCUAUACGCUGCUUUUAGACUUCUCUCGCCAGACCCCGCGGUUUCUGGGCUUAACAAGCGCGCCAACGAGUCCUAUACACGGGAGGUUUUUGAUGAUGUUCAGCAAAGAUGUGCGGCACGGGGAGUGACAAUUGUCCCCGAGCUCGAAAUGCCGGGCCAUGCACUGGUGAUUUCGCAGUGGAAGCCGGAUCUCGGUAUUGACACCGAUAUCUCGCUGCUAAAUAUCAGCCAUCCAGAUACAAUUCCGACCGCGGAGACGAUCUGGAAGACUUUUCUGCCGUGGUUCCAUACCAAGACGGUGCAUGUUGGAGCGGAUGAGUAUGUUGAUGCGUCGUUGACAAAGGAUGCAUUGGCGACAGAAUACAACACGUUUGUAAACGCGAUGAAUGGCUUUAUGCAAUCUACUGCAAACAAAUCCAUCCGCAUCUGGGGCACAUUCCCUCCGUCAAGCAACUACACCAACAACAUUGCUACAAACGUGUCUAUCCAGCACUGGGAGCUGUACGAAGAUAACCCGUACUGGGACUAUAUCCAAAACGGAUACGACGUGCUCAACUCCGACGAUGCGUUUUAUAUGGUUAGCAAGUAUUCUGCAGGCUAUCCGCAGACGAUCAACAUCACAAAAGUCUUCCACGGUGCUCCAGACGGUGGGCCAUAUGCUCCAAACAUUUUUGAUACGAGUAACUCGACCAACAACCCAUCUCGCGACGAACCGCGGGUGCUGGGUCAUAUCGCCGCGUUGUGGAAUGAUUUCGGACCAAAUACGACUGUGUACAGUGAAGCAUAUUACUCAUGGCGGGAAGGCUUGCCUGCAUUGGCUGAUAAGCAAUGGGGUGGGCAGUUGGUUGAGGACGAUUAUUAUGCUGUUUUUGACAAGUUGCAUGCUGCUAUCCCCGGGCAGAAUCUUGAUCGAGCGAUUGCAUCUAAAUCGGAGACUAUUUUGUCCUACUCUUUCGACAAUCAGACACACCUUCCGACAGUCAAGGACUCGUCAGGAAACCAAUACGAUGGUAAGACAGACUGUACCGUGGCUAAUGGAUCACUCACUCUUACACCUACGUGCUCCCUCACCACCCCGUUGUCGUCCAAGGGAAGAAACUACACCCUAUCCUUCUCCAUCUAUCCAACCAAACAAACACCAGGCGCCAUAUUUUCUGGACCAGACUCGGUACUGUUCGCCGGGAAUGGCACCAUCAGCAACGUCACUAUCGUAGCGUCGGGUAACCCGUAUACUCUGAACUACAGCUUGCCGCUGAAUACCUGGACAAAGGCUAGUUUGGUUGCGCAAGGAAACGCUACUUUCCUGAGAGUGGAGGAAUCCACCGGACAGAAAGCAGUGACUGAAAUGGAGUUUUUGACUAGGAUUGGGUUGGAUGGAGAGUCUCUUGUCUGGAGAGAGAUGGCUAUAGAGGCGCCGUUGGCGACGAUUGGGGGAAGUGAUUUUGAAGGGUUGAUAAAGGAUAUCAAACUUAUUGCUUAG